CCUAGCGAGCUAUUACAGGUUCUCGCCAUCUAUAAAUAUCAAGGGUUUGUGCAACUUAACUAAUUAAUCGAUUUACAAGAUCACAAAUUCACUUUCCACCUUAAAAAUAUUAUAUUUUCAAGUGAUAUAUCCUACUACAAAUAAUUCACUUUCCACCUUAAAAAUAUUAUAUGUUCAAGUGAUAUAUCCUACUACAAAGUACGUACGUACGUAGUACUUAAUUGCUUUCAUCAUACAAUGAGGAAAAGCGAUCUCCAAGAAGAGCUUCACCGGCCGAUAUUGGCGGCCGCCUCCUCAUCCGAACCACCACCUAACCACGACGAAGAGGGGUCCGAGCUCGAGAAGGUGUUGACCGACACCCGAAUACCGAUGCUUAAGAAGAUGAGAAGGGCAUCAUGGAUGGAGUUCAAGAGGUUGUUAUACUUGGCAGCACCAGCAAUAUUUGUGUACACUAUAAACAAUGGGAUGUCCUUAUCCACUAGGGUAUUUGCAGGACAUCUUGGUAACACUGAUCUUGCUGCUGCCUCACUUGGUAAUGGUGGUAUCCAAGUCUUCUCCUAUGGUCUCAUGUUAGGAAUGGGGAGUGCAGUGGAGACUCUUUGUGGACAAGCCUAUGGUGCACAAAGAUACAACAUGUUAGGAAUCUACCUUCAACGUGCAAUGAUAGUCCUAACCGCAACAGCAAUACCACUUACAAUACUCAGCAUCUUCUCCAAACAAUUCCUCGUCAUGUUAGGCGAAUCCACGGUUGUAGCCGCCGCUGCUGCCGUGUACGUAUACGGUCUCAUCCCUCAAUUAUACGCCUACGCCCUCAACUUUCCGAUCCAAAAAUUCCUCCAAGCCCAAAGUGUUGUUAGGCCCAGUGCCUAUAUAUCGGCGAUCACGUUAGCUAUCCAUGUUGUGUUGAGUUGGGCCAUUGUCUUCAAGUUGGGCUUGGGCUUGUUGGGUACAUCAUUGGCUUUGAGUAUAUCUUGGUGGAUCAUAGUUGUGGCCCAAUUUGUAUACAUUUUGUGUAGUAGCAGGUUCAAGUGUACAUGGACUGGAUUCAGCCCAAUGGCUCUUCAUGGGCUUUGGGAUUUUUUCAGGUUAUCUAUUGCAUCUGCAAUAAUGUUGUGCCUUGAAACUUGGUAUUAUCAAGUUUUGGUUCUUAUUGCUGGAUUGUUGAAAGAUCCUGAGCUCACCUUGGAUUCACUAUCUGUUUGCAUGACUAUACUAGGGGCUUUACUGAUGGUUCAUAUUGGAUUCAAUGCGGCCGUAAGUGUAAGAGUGAGUAAUGAAGUUGGAAGAGGAAAUCCCAAAUCAGCAGCAUUCUCAGUGAUAAUGGUAACCAGUUUAUCUGUAAUAUUUGCCAUAAUUGAAGCAGUAGCAGUUCUUUCCUUACGCCAUGUUAUAAGCUACGCUUUCACAAGCGGCGAGGCGGUGGCGAAUGCAGUUUCUGAGCUAUGUCCAUUACUGGCCUUGAGUCUUAUUCUCAAUGGCAUUCAACCUGUCCUCUCUGGGGUGGCUGUUGGAUGCGGAUGGCAGAAGUUCGUAGCAUAUGUGAAUGUGGGAUGUUACUACAUCAUUGGAGUUCCACUGGGAUGUAUUCUUGGCUUUGGUUUUGAUCUUGGUGCCAAGGGAAUAUGGUCAGGCAUGGUUGCUGGCACUGCAAUACAAACUCUUAUUCUGUCUUGGAUUACUGUUCGAACAGAUUGGGUUAAAGAGGUGGAGAAGGCGAAGAUGCGUCUGGAUAAAUGGGAAGACAAGAAAAAACCAUUGUUCAAGAGCUAAACAUCAAUGAUAAUCUAAAGAAAAAAAACAGGCAACAAAGCCAACAUUAUUUUCCUUGACAUAGAACCUACAUUUGAAACUAAGAACUAAAUAAUUCUCCCCUCAAAAAAAGAAAAAAUAACUAAAUACUUCUAAGGUUUCGAUUUCAUUUUCUAAGAGAUGUAUUAUCAACUUAUCAAGUGCCUAAGAACAUUUAUUUAGUGAAAGAUAUGCAAAAUGAAAUGUGAAA